AUGCAGCAGCAGCAGCAGCAACAGCAGCAGCAGCAGCAGCAGCUGCUGCAGCAGCAGCAACAAAAAGCUCUGCUGCAGCUGUUGAAUAAACAGCAGCAAGAAUACCAGCAGGAGCAGCAGCGCUGGCUGCAGCAGGAGCAGCAGCUCGACGUGCUGCAGCAGCUGCUCGACAGUCUAGAGAUCCAAGUGCAGCAGGAGCAGGAGCAGCAGCAGCAGCAGCAGCAGCAGCAGCAGGAUCCUUUAUUGGAUCUGCAGCAACUCGAGGACCAGCUGCAACAGGAAGCUCAGCUGCAGCAGGAGCAGCAGCAACUUGAGCAGCUGGCGCUGCAGCUGCAGCGGCUGCGGGUGACGCAGCAGCAGCAGCAGCAGCAGGAACAGCAGCUCAUACUCAAGCAGCAGCAGCAGCAGCUAAUGCAGCAGCAGCAGCAGCAGCAGCAGCAAAGGGGGGAGGGUAUAAUGCACAUAGAGGCAGAAGAUGCAGCGAUUGGCACUUCUCGUAAUGCCAAGGCCAUCGAUAGCCAUGAUGCUGCAAAACAUGACGGGACAAUUGAGGCGGAUGAGUCAAUGUGCGCUUGGAUGUUUGACACCCUUAUAGCUCACUUCGAUGAAUCUAAUUCUUCCUCUCCUCCUCCUCCUCCCUCUAUUGUAUCCUUACAUCGUUUAGGUGUACGUACACCUGCUUUUGUUACAUGGAUGAAGAGACGCAACAGCAGCAGCAGCAGCAGCAGCAGCAGCAGCAGCAAAGAAGGGUUUAGAGAAGAUAAUGUAGAUCUAAGGGGAUGUAUUGGAUCCUUAAAGCCUAUUCCUAUCAUGAAACUAAAGGACUAUGCCUUAAUUAGCGCUCUGCAAGAUUCGCGGUUUAGUCCAAUCACUCUUUCUGAAAUUCCUGAUCUUAAAUGUCAUGUCUCCUUACUGCAUAGCUUCGAGCGAGCAAAGGAUAUAUACGAUUGGGAGAUUGGCGUUCAUGGCAUAAUCAUUCGAUUCACCGCACCAGGCAGAACAGGAAUGAGAAGAUAUGAGGCUACGUAUCUGCCAGAGGUAGCAGCAGAGACAGGGAUGACAAAAAAGGAGACAAUUGCUUCCUUGGGUUUUUGUUAUACAAAGACGGCGGCCCGUUAUACAGCGGCCGUAUAUUUAUAUUAA